AUGGACGCGCCUGGCGCGAAUACGGUGAAAGGAGGGACUAACGGAGGUCCCUCGGAGCCUGAUACAAUUGCGCGAACCCGACCUUCGGACAACCCUGACGAACACGAGCAUCGUCAUGCAAGCAGUGACGAUGAACCAGAGGGAAGCGUCGACAAAUCUGAAGAGGAGGAGGAAGAGGAAGAGUCCGAUGAAGAAGAUGAGGAGCCCCGACUCAAAUACGCAUAUCUCACCAAACACUUGGGAUCGGUGUAUCGAAACGGAGACGCGGCCAGCACGUUCCUGGUUGCGGGUGACAAGAUGAUUAUUGGAACACACAAUGGUGUCAUUCAUGUGCUAUCCUUGCCGCUUCUGCAGUCCCUCCGAGUAUACCAAGCACAUUCAGCCAGCGUAACAUGCAUAUCGGUUUCGCCGUUCCCUCCGCCUCUACCAAGCUUCAGGUCCGAUGCUCUGGCCAGACAACCCGAGGAACAUGGCCCUCCAUCGCGGGCAUCAACAAGCGCGGGCAGCAUCCGUGGCCAACCCAGAUCGAACCCACGUGCACCUAUCCCAGCUAUACCGUCGAAUUCGAUUUACAUUGCAUCAGCCUCCAUCGACGGCAAUGUUUGUGUUUCCUCAUUAGUGGACCCGAAGGAUAUUAUCAAGCGAAACUUCGGCCGACCUGUUCAGGCAGUCACGCUUUCUCCGGACUACAAGAAUGAUAGGACAUUCAUUUCCGGUGGCCGAGCUGGCGAGUUGGUCUUGACUACUGGUGGCCGUAUUGGUGUUAGCUCGAAUGCCACUACGAUGGGAGGAGCAACAGCAGCGGCAUCCAGUUGGUUAGGAUCAAUGGGCUUGGGUGCCAGCAGUGGCAAGGAUACUAUUCUGCAUAGCGGAGAAGGCACAAUCAGCACCAUUCGAUGGUCCUUAUCUGGAAAAUAUGUCUCCUGGGUUAACGAGGAAGGCAUCAAAAUCAUGCGGUCCAACUUGCACCUGGAAUCUUCGGAGGCGGAGUUUGCCUGGAAACGGAUUAGUCACAUUGAUCGCCCCAACGGGCCAGGCUGGGAAGAAAUGGCCAAUGUUUGGAAAGCGCGGGCAGAAUGGAUUGAUCAAUCUGCCCUAGAUGAUGCAGAUAAUUUGGACCCUGGCAAUGUGCCCACACCCCACAAGACACCAUCAGAUGGUAUUGAAGAGAAAACUGAGAAGCUUGUGGUUGGUUGGGGAGGCACCGUCUGGAUUAUCGAUGUAUACCCAGACCGGGCGUGCAAGUCUUCGAAGGGCGAGAGAUACGGAUCCGCAGAAGUGACUACGAUAUUACGAACAGAUUGUGUGAUUUCUGGCAUUUCGUUGUACACACAGCGUCUCCUUGUCAUUCUUGCUUAUAUCGAAGCAGACAAAGAUUCCACAGAGGAUGAUGGAAGAAGCUCCGGGGCACGCCAUCGACAGCGGGGCUUGGAGCCUGAACUUCGGAUCAUUGAUAUCGCGACCAAAGAAGAGCUCAGUGCUGACACAUUAUCUGUCAGCCGUUUUGCAGGCUUGACUUCGUCUGAUUACCACUUGAGCGUGUUACCUCCAUGGAGAACCCCAGAGGGGCAAGUGGUUCAACGCGGUGCAUUGGGGGCCAUCGGGCAUGGCCUAUUGGAUGCUACGAUGUACCCGGCGCGCCUUUUCAGUUCUGGUGCUAGUAUUCGCAGCUCCACCAGCAGUGGCGACAGGGUCUCUGGCAGGGCUCCACCAUCUUUCACCUCAAGACAUCUCUCGCCAGAGGAUACUCUUCCAAAGGAAGUUCAGGAAGUCGCCGGAGCCCCAGGUGCAAAGAUCUUCGUCCACAGCCCAUACGACUGUGCUGUUGCUGUCAAACGAGAUCUCUCUGACCGAUUGUCCUGGUUGAGUUCUUGCGGCCAGUAUGAAGAAGCAUGGAACCUCGUCGAUGAGCAUCCCGAAGCUGCAGGCCCAGCCCCAGAGUUGAAUGAGGUCAUUGGAGGGUCGCUGAAGUCAAAAAGCAGUCUCGGCGAUUUCUUCGCUGAUGAUCGAUCAUCAAUCACGACCGCUGGUCGAGCAACGGCUCCAGCUGCUGAACAAGAAAAAGCUCGUCUUGGUGAACUUUGGCUUGAGCAACUUGUUGGCGAUGAGAAGUGGACAGAAGCUGCCGAGGUUAGCGGAAAGGUCCUUCGUAAUCCUGCUCGAUGGGAGCAUUGGGCGUGGGUCUUUGUCAAGAAAGAUAAACUCGAUGAAAUCACUCCUCACAUUCCCAUUGAUCUGCACCCGGCGCUGCCUGCCGAGAUUUACGAAUUCGUCCUCAAUCACUACGUGUCUCGAGACCUCGGUCGAUUCAAGGAGUUGGUUGAGACAUGGCCUUCCGAUCUGUUUGACCCUGACAAUGUGACCGUGGCAAUCGAGGAACAGUUGCACUCACCAUCCAUUCAAGCCGAGUCUGAAGAAUGGCGACUCCUCACGGAUUGUCUGGCUAAGCUAUUCCUCGUGGGUGGCCAUUACCGAGAGGCAUUGCACUGUUAUGUCCGACUUCAGGAUGCCGAUGCAGCAAUGUCUCUGAUCAAAGAGCACCACUUGGUCGAUGCAAUCUCCGAUAAUAUACCCGCUUUUAUUAUGAUUCGCAUUUCCAAAGCACAGAUGAAAUCAGCACCGAAGUCCGAGCUUGAAGAAUUGGCCGCGGAGCCAAUCCAGGUACUCGCGAGCGAGGCCUAUACGGGCAUUGUCCCACCUGAAACCGUGGUGUCACAGCUAAAGGCUGCGGAUCGUGUCCUGUUUCUUUACCUCUAUCUUCGUGCGUUGUGGCGUGGCGAGUCUCUCUCACAUGAAGCUUCUAAGCCUCGAAGAGGCCGCGGUGCCCACGCCCGGGAUGCAGCGAACAAACUAGCUGCAGACGAAGGAAAGGCUCUGAUUGAUGGCUUCGCGGACCUGGCCGUGGAAGUUUUUGCAGAUUACGAUCGACCUCUGCUCAUGGACUUCCUACAAACGAGCAUCUCGUAUACUUUCGAGACUGCCAUCCAUAUUUGCGAGCAACGGCGCUUCACCCAGGAGUUAAUCUAUCUGCUCUCAAAGAUGGGUCAGACGAAACGAGCCUUGAACUUGAUUUUGUCAGACCUAAAGGAUGUGUCUCAAGCAAUUUCGUUUGCCAAGUCGCAAGAGGACCCGGAUCUCUGGGAAGACCUUUUGGACUACUCGAUGGACAAGCCGAAAUUGAUUCAUGGGCUUCUUGUCGAAGCGGGCACGUCCAUUGAUCCUAUUAAACUUGUGCGUCGCAUCCCAAGCGGGCUGGAGAUUGAAGGCCUUCGAGACGGCCUCUCACGGUUGAUCCGUGAGCACGACUUGCAAGCUAGUAUCAGCCAAGGAGCAGCACGGGUAAUGCAGGGUGAAGUUGCUCUUGGAAUGGAUACAUUGCGCAGAGGACAACGCCGCGGUAUCAAGUUCGACAUCAUCGACGAUAAAUCCGAAGAAGUGCGGAAUGGGGACUUGACGCCGACAAUGAAGACACACCAAGAUGUGGUUUCAGAACCCAGUGUCUCUGCGAAGCGUGCUGGUUCCGGGCAAGGAAAGUGUGGGGGCUGCAACGCUCCAUUCCAGGCAAACGAGAAGGAGAUUCUCAUCGGCUUCGCAUGCGGUCACGUCUUCCACCUCUCCCAUUUGCAUUCAGAAUCCUCGCAACAAUCCAACUCCACCAGCCCUACCAGAUCUGCAGAUCGAACACCUCGGCCCUCAACUCCAGCAGACGAGCCCACUUCUUCCACUGCCUCCCGCACUGUCGGACCCAAGGUGACGACAGCACGACUCUUACGUGAUAAGAUUGGAGACGGAUGUCGGAUCUGUGCAUUGACAAGGAAGAUCGAGGCACUUGGCAAUGAAGUCGAAGUAUGA